GCUGGAACAGCAUGUAGACCGGACCCAAAUCAGCGGGCUUAAUGGCUGACUGGCACAUAAAACCGGUGCGCACUCCAUUCCAGCUUUUAGUUGGUGCGGGCACGCGAGACGAGAAACGAGACCAGCGAUACUCUAAAAAGCGGAAAUCGGAAAUGAGCGAAUUGUGACCACAGGAAUACAGUUAUACACUUACACGGAAUAUCCUUGGGAUCAUGUCUGCUUGCUACAGUGGCUACACGCCGGCCUCGCAGUCCUUCGACUUUGACGAGGACGAUGACGAUGCAUCCUUCGACAGUGGCUACGAAAAGAGCUUCGAGACGGAUCCGGGCCAUAUAAGUUCCCGCCGGCGUCUGGACUUUGAUGGCACUUCGCCAGCUCCGGCGGCGCAGAUUCCCUUCGGGACUGGAGCCUGGGAUGCAGCCGCACCACUCAACUCCCCUCCGGCCGCUGCAGGAUUCGUGGGGUUGCUGGACACCAGCAGUAAUCACAGCACCCGAAGCGGAAGGACUCUGGUGGAGCACCUGAACAGUCGCGCCUCGACCGGAGCCUUCGAUCCGUCGUUCACCAGCACGCCGAUGAAGUCGCCGGAAGAUCCGGAUGCGCCCCGUCCUAAGCGCAAGUAUGCCGUCGGCAAGAACCGAGUUACCAGAUCACGUAGUCCCACUCAAGUGGUACGGAUCAAGCGAGUCCGCCGGAUGAAGGCCAACGAUCGGGAACGGAAUCGGAUGCACACGCUCAACGAUGCUCUGGAGCGACUGCGGGUGACGCUGCCCUCCCUGCCGGAGGAGACAAAGCUGACCAAGAUCGAGAUCCUGCGCUUCGCCCACAACUACAUCUUCGCGCUGGAGCAGGUCCUGGAGAGCGGGGGCUCCAUCAACCUGGAUUUGGAAAAGCUGCAGAACUUUACGCUGAGCGGGGAGAGGAUUACCAAGGAACUUUUCGAUGCGCUCUUUGUGAAUCCCCAGCCGUUUCAAAUGUUUGGUGGCAGGAUGUUCCACUACGGCCAGGGUCCGCUCAACCAGAAUCAGCAUCCUCUUGGCCAUCCCAUGCAUCCUUUGCAACAGGAUCAGUCGGCACCGCAGGGAAUGGGCUAUCAGCAGGGAUUGGACUAUCCGUCGCAACAGCAUCCACCUGGAUUUGACUUCACGGGAAGCAUGCGGUUCUACCAUCAUCACCAGAAAGAGCAUCCUCAUCCGCAUAUACAGCCUCCUCAGCUCCAGCAGGAGACCAGUCCUCAGUUUUCACAGGAGAAGUACGACAUCUUCCGGAGCACCUUCGAUGCAGCCGCUAAUCUCCAGCCAUCGAAUCCUGAAUCAAUGCACCAGCAGAGUAGUUUCUACACCCAGACGCCACCUUGGAAGGACUACCAGGAGGAUCAUUCGCACUACAAGCCGUUUGCUCCACAAGUAUAGCAUAUACUUUAGGACACGGAGUUUUGGGGCUUAUCUAGGAGGUUCUUCCGGGUGAUAUAUUUUAAGGGGCUUGGAAGGGAACUGAUGUAGAAGAAUCCCCACAACCGAUAAUCCCCAAGACUUACUUUAUUUAACAAAGUAACUCCUGGGUAUUAUCUAAGGAUUUCUUUUAUUUCACUU